AAAAGCUUACAGCUGUGCUUCAUAGUCACACUCACACACACAACACAACACAACAGCCAUGGCGUUUUUCCCUUUCCACCGCUUUCUCUUCUCUUCUAGGGUUUCCAUUUCCACUUCUCUGAUUCACCUCCUCCCAAUCUCACCGGACAAUGGAGGUGAUCGGAAAGUGCUUAGGAAUGCCGAGGUUGAGAAGAAUCCAAAGAACUCUCCGCAAUUUCAAGGUCACCAUUCUCUGCCUCUUCCUCACCGUCGUCGUUCUCCGCGGCACCAUCGGCCCCGGAAAGUUCCGCAUUCCCGACCAGGAUUUCGUCGACUUCCGUAACCGUCUCCUCGUCGGGCACCAAAACACGUCGUCCAGCGGUGGCAUGGGCAAACCCUACCGACUCGGCCCGGUGAUCUCCGACUGGGAUGAACGAAGGAGGAAAUGGCUUAAAAACAAUCGCGAUUUCCCUAAUUUCAUCCGCCGGGGUAAGCCUAGGGUUUUGUUAGUUACUGGAUCUUCGCCUGAGAAAUGUGAGAAUCCGAUUGGAGAUCAUUACCUGUUGAAAUCGAUUAAGAAUAAAAUUGAUUACUGUAGGUUACACGGAAUCGAGAUUUUCUACAACUUAGCGGUUCUGGAUGCGGAAAUGACUGGAUUCUGGGGGAAGCUUCCAUUGAUACGGAAGCUUCUUCUCUCGCAUCCAGAAGUAGAAUUCAUAUGGUGGAUGGACAGUGAUGCCAUGUUCACCGACAUGUUGUUUCAAAUCCCUUGGGAUAAGUAUAAAGACUUCAAUUUCGUAAUGCAUGGAUGGAAGGAGAUGGUGUAUGAUCAAAGAAGCUGGGUUGGGUUGAAUACAGGGAGUUUCUUGAUGAGAAACUGCCAAUGGUCGCUCGACAUUCUCGAUGCGUGGGCUCCGAUGGGGCCAAGAGGGAAAAUCCGAGACGAAGCAGGGAAAAUCCUGACAAAAGAGCUGAAAGACAGGCCAAUCUUUGAAGCAGAUGAUCAAUCCGCCAUGGUUUACCUUCUGGCAACACAAAGGGAGAAAUGGGGAAACAAGAUCUAUUUAGAGAAUUCGUAUAAUCUUCAUGGGUAUUGGGGGAAUUUGGUUGACAAAUUCGAGGAGAUGAUUGGGGAAAAUCGGCCGCUGGUGACUCAUUUUGUGGGAUGUAAACCAUGUGGGAAAGCUGGGGAUUACCCUGCUGAAAGAUGCUUGAAAGCAAUGGAGAGGGCUUUUAAUUUUGGGGAUAAUCAGAUUCUGAAGAUGUAUGGAUUUGCUCAUAAAUCGUUGAUGAGCAGAAGAGUUGUAAAGAUUAGAGAAGUGAGUGAGAAUGAAGUUGGAUUGAUUCAACCAGUUCUUUCACCUGCUGUAGAAGUUGAACCACCUUCUUCUAAAGGUACUUUGUCACUUAUUAGAUGAAUAUGUUGGCCCCUUUUUUCCCUCCCUCUUUGUUUAAUGUUGUUCAUAGACGUGUCUAUAAUGGUAUUUAAUAGGUGGAAGAUUAUUGUAUAUUUUUGUUCCUUAAAAAAACUCAGAGCAUGAUCCGAAAUGUUUGGAAGAGUAUUUGGAUUGGAGGAAUUGAUAUAUCAUUCGGACAUGAGAGUUUAUGUAUAUAAAGUUAUCAAAUGAAAAUGUUGAAUUCGGA